GUGGUUUAAAAUCUCUGCAACUCCGUUCAUCUACCAUGACCCUGCAAGCUGAUUCAGCAGGAGCAGCAGUACCACCUGAUUCCGCAACCACAAACGGCAUCGUCCCCAACUUAGAGGAAACGCCACAGCCGCACCCACAGCCACAGUCUCCGCCUAGUCCGCAACCUUCGCAUCCCUCUCCGCCGUCAGAACUGCGUUUACCAAUAUGGUGGCCGGAAGAUGGAAAUCUCAGCAUGGAUUGGGUAGAGAACCUGAUGCUGUGCUUCGAUUGGUGUUCUCGGAAUCUUCCUCCGUCAGAGUUACCUUCGGUUUUACCCGUCAAAGUCUUCGACUCGCUCAUCCUCAUGGCCUCCAAGAUGCUUCACAAGGAACCCAAUUGCGUCACUAUAGACCCCUUUCGCCCUAGUCCCAACGAUAGCUCUCCAUCGGCCGCAUCGGUUGUUGUGGUGGGCGACGUUCAUGGACAACUCCAUGAUCUUCUCUUCCUUCUCCAAGAUGCCGGCUUCCCCUCCCGAGAUCGAAUCUUUGUCUUCAACGGGGAUUACGUGGAUCGAGGAGCCUGGGGCCUCGAAACCUUCUUGCUGUUGUUGGCUUGGAAGGUAUUCAUGCCACAUAACAUAUAUCUGCUACGAGGGAAUCAUGAAUCAAAAUACUGUACCUCAGUUUAUGGUUUUGAGAAAGAAGUAAUGGUAAAGUAUGGUGAUAAAGGUAAGCAUGUGUACCGGAAAUGUUUGGGGUGCUUUGAAGGUCUUCCUUUGGCUUCUAUUAUAGCAGGGUGUGUAUACACGGCUCAUGGAGGACUUUUCCGCAGUGUAACUGUGAUGCCGUCAAAGAGGUUUAAAGGAAAGAAGAACCGUAAGAUUAAUGUCAAUCAUGACAGCAAAACUCUAUCACUUGGUUCCUUGGAAGAAUUGUCUAAGGCUCGACGAUCAGUUCUUGAUCCUCCUUGGGAAGGUCCAAAUUUGAUUCCUGGCGAUGUUUUGUGGUCUGAUCCAUCAAAAAAUCUGGGUCUUGCUCCAAAUAAAGAAAGAGGCAUUGGCUUGUUGUGGGGUCCUGAUUGUACUGAAGAAUUUUUGAAGAAGUACCAACUAAAGUUGAUCAUCAGAUCACAUGAAGGCCCAGAUGCUAGGGAGAAAAGGGAUGGUCUAGAUGGAAUGGAUGAAGGUUACACCAUUGACCAUACUGUAGAUUCUGGAAAGCUGGUCACUGUGUUUAGUGCUCCAGAUUACCCACAGUUUCAGGCAACAGAGAAGAGGUAUAACAACAAAGGUUCCUAUGUUGUCCUUGAACCCCCGAAUUUUGACAAUCCUAUAUUUCAUGGAUUUUCAGCUGUUACUCCCAGGCCGAAGGUAAAUGCCUAUUACGAUUACGAAGAGGUGAUAGACUCGGAUGAAGAAUUGGACCUGGCAUCCAUGGUAACUUCCUGAGGAUUUUUUCUACUAUGAAUGUCAAAAAGUUUUCAAUUUGUAAAAUUUGUAUGGUUAUUUUUUGAGAUUAUCAGGCUUUAUCAUUAACUUAUAUAAUUGUUAAUUAUAUAUCCAAUUUAUUAUGUUUUGUGAAAUCAAUUGCCCCCAACAGUAGUUACUGGACAGUUCAGUAUGACCACUGUAAAUUGUCAAAGAAACUCUGCUGGUUUUCAAUCCAAUGCAUGUUUUCAGUUAGUUUUCUUCUGUA